AUGGACGGAUCCGCUUCUUCGUCUUCGCCUAGCGCCUCUGAUGGCGGCAGCGCAACUACUGCUGGCUCUGACGCCGAUCGCAGUGUACUCAUUUGCUUGCUUCGUCUCGAUUUGCGCAUUCACGACAACCCACUCUUCCACUACGCUCACCAAACACCUAAACCUAUCCUCAGCACCGUAGAAAAGACUGUAGACCUUAGCAAACUUGAAAAUGAGGCGCUUCUUGGCUCCACCGCUGAUUACCUUCUUCCCGUCUUUGUCUUUGACGAGCGCGAGAUGGAGCUCAGCGGCUUGCCGGGCUUUCAGCGCAAGGGUCCCGAAGCGCGAACAAAGGUGUACGGCUUCUGGAAGACUGGGGGUUUUCGAACUCGUUUCAUCUCCGAGUCGGUCUACGAUGUGCGUUCACGCCUUCGUAAUGUUGGCUCCGACUUGCUCAUCCGCUUCGGUAUCCCCGAAGAUGUGAUCUACAACCUUGUACAGGCUUUCCAAGCUGAUGGCACGCAUGUAGAAGGUGUAUGGAUGCAGAAAGAGAUGACCUACCCCGAGAUCAACGUCGAGAACGCCAUCGUCGAGAAGCUUCAGGGCAGUAGCGUACCCUUUCGGUUCGUUUAUGGCAAGACUCUUAUUCAUCCCUCGGAUCUGCCCUUCGACAGCAGCGAGACUCCUGACGUCUUCACUCCCUUCCGUAAGAAGGUCGAGGCCCUCGGUCCCAACAUGGUUCGUGCUGUCAAGCAACCACCCGCCAAGUUCAAACCGUUCCCACCUGUCGUGCCCAAGACUUCCGACUAUGCUCUCGACGUAUCCUACGAAGUCGAUGUGGACGGUCUUGCACCACGCGCAUCAGAGACCAAGGCUAAGCAAGAAGGCGAGGUCUCGUUCCAUGACAUCCUUCGAUUCCUUCUGGCACCUCUCAAUGACUCGCAACUUCCGCCAACACUCGAGGCAAGCGCGUUGCUACAACAAAGACAUCCCGCGUCCGCCUUCCCAUUGCGAGGUGGCGAGUCUUCUGCGUUGGAUCGACUUGAUUGGUACUUCGUUCGUGGCAAGUCCGCUGACUCGUCUCGCUGGGGCAAGGCGGAUCCACCACCGGUAGCACGCUACAAGCAGACUCGAAACAACCUCAUCGGUCAUGCCUACAGUAGCAAGAUGUCGCCGUUCCUUGCCUAUGGUAGUAUCUCGCCACGACAGAUCUGGGAAGCGCUCGAUGACCACGAAACGAAGUUCGGAGAAGAUCAGAACACCUACUGGGUCCGCUUCGAGCUCUUGUGGCGAGACUACUUCUUCUUUGUUGCAGAGAAGUUUGGUCACCUCGUUUAUGAUCUUGGCGGCUUCGAGCGAGCUACCGAUCCUCGCCAAGCCGCCAAGAAGAUGGAAGAAGGUUGGUGGCGAAAGUGGGAACCUAUCAAGGACGGCGCCGAGCAUGAGAUGACCCGUCUUCUCGAAGGUCGCACCGGUAUUCCAUUCGUCGAUGCCAACAUUAUCGAGCUCAGAGAGUCUGGCUUUAUGUCAAAUCGUGGCCGUCAAAACGUUGCAAGUUUCUUAUCCAAGGACCUGGGCUACGAUUGGCGUAUCGGUGCCGAGUUCUUUCAAUCCCAUCUCAUCGACUACGACCCAACUUCGAACUACGGCAACUGGCAGUAUGUCGCUGGUGUCGGUAACGAUCCAAGAGCUUCGCGACAGUUCAACAUCAUCAAACAGGCCAAGGACUACGACUCGCACGGUGAUUACGUCAAAAUGUGGAUCCCAGCGCUCCGUAACCUGCAUGCCGACUACGUUCACACACCAUGGUUGCUCACUGCCGAGGAGCGUCGGCGUUACGGCCUCAAGACGACCAAGAUGGACGUCACCAUUGACGGAUACCCCGCCGAGCCUCUGUUUGAAGAUGAGGGAUGGCACCGACACUACGAGCGCAAACAAGGCGUUGGCUCCAAGAUGCACGGCAAUCCACAAGAGAAAAUCAAGGACGGCAAGGUACCUCGACGUCAUCGACCUAGCUAUCGUGUACAGCCUGCCACGUAUGGCGCCUUGUCGGACGGCAAUCACUUCGACCAGCUUUCGGCCUCUGCCGGCACAUUAGGCAACCACCACCAAGCUGAGGGUGGCAGUGCGUCCCGAAAUGUCAUCCCACCAUUGCAAGGCGCAUCUGGGUUUAUCGGGCAGUCGUACAGCGCUCGUCCUAAUCAGUACUUUCCUAAUGUCGGUGCGCUCAACAUCUCGAGCGGCUCAGAACGCAGCGGUUCGCCAUUUGGCACUUCGCCAGCUGGGCACAACUCUGGCGGCAUGAACAAGUACGCUCGUCCACCAACAGGUGGCAGUACAGGGACACCCGACUUGCCAGCAUUGGUAGGUCGCGCACCGGGUAACGCUUUUGAUUUUGGUCCAGGGAGGACAGGCACUGCUUCUUCGAUCGACAUGCCGAACGGCAGGGUGCGUCGUACCGGUGGCAAUGGUGGUAACGGUGGCUCCUCUGGCUCCGGCUCUUACAAUGACCCAAGUUCCAAUUUGGGCGCGUAUUCAACGUUGACAAAUGGUUAUUCCGAUCUUCUCUCAACAAGAGGCGCUAGUCACGGAGGAGGUAAUGGACACGGCAACGGGCAUGGAAACGGAAACGUUAACGGCGGCAACUCCAACGGCACGAAUACACUCUCAAAAGCCGAUCUGGAGACAAGCUGGCGUCGUGGAUCAAAGUGA